AUGGAAAUGUUUGAGAUUGGUCAGGAGCCACCGAUGCCCAAGGAGACCCUUUACGAUGUCCACGAGGAGUUGUCCUUACUCUUCACACUGGCAAAGAGACAAGCAUUCGCCAACAACACCUCAAUCGCUGCUUGCCUCGAAACCUGGCCCAUCCUGGCCCCUUGCUUUUCGGGUUUUAGCCGAGCGAGCAUGACUGCGCUUAUCCUUCUUGCAUGCUUGUCAACGAUUGCAAUCUUGGUGGGGCUGCAGCACCUCUUCCGAAAAGGGAGCGAACCGGAAGAGCGCCGGAUGCUUGCACCAGCCAUUCCGAGCGCGGCUUCUGUGAUGACGCUGGAAGACGCGUACUUUACUCCCGACCUGGUGGUCCCAGAUGGAUGCGAGUGCAUCCUUCUCAUACGAUCGAAGCCACAACAAGGUCAGAUCUCGGACGUCAUCGAUUCUGCUGGGGGGGUUGUGCUCCGGAUAGCAGACACUGACAUGGUCUCUAUGGGCCGCCGCAAGCUGCUCAGUCCACAGGGCGCCCUGUUGGGACAAUGUGGUAGAGCGAGGUCAUCACUGCCUCACAGUGCCACGACUACUUUCGAGAUUCAGAACUCCCACCUUCAAGUUUUUGCGCGCCUCACUCAUGAACCACGGCAGGGAGUCCACGACAAGUGCAUCAUUGAAACAAAGCUUGAUCAAAAGCUUCUGCUGUUUGGGUCCAUCCAGCAUCAGACCCUGAAUUUGGCAGACCUCGAUGGACGUCUGCUUGCCACUACCGAGCCUGUUACGCAGCAGGCACGAGCAACAUGUCAUUGCUGUGCCCUGGCUUUGGCGGCCCCAACACAUGUCGACUCUGCAUGCCUUGUUGCCAACAGAAGUUUGGUUCCUCAGUUUGUCUCGUAUUUCCUUCUGGCCGACUGCCCAGAAUCGUAG